UCCCCACAUCUCCAUCAGUAACCCCUCCCUGCGGUCCCUGCGUGUCCUCUCAUCGCCCCAUCGGAAACUUCUCCCUGGGGUCCUCCCUUCCCCCCUCCCAGGGUCCUUGCGUGUCUUCUCAUCCCUACCAUUGGACGCCCCCGCCCCUGGGAUCCCUGUGUCCCCCCACAUCAGUAAUCCCCCUUGGGUCCCUAUAUCUCACCCCUAAUGCGAGCUCCCUGAUUUUCCUGGAUUUUUACUAUUUGGGACCCAGUGUGUGUUGCUUUUAGGGUACCUCCUUCUUGUAUCUGGGCACUUAUCUCUCAGGGUCCCAUUCCCCCACUUUUGUGUGGGCACUUUCCUUCACUCCCCAGUGUGUACCUCCCCUGUCCCCGGGGGUACCAGCAUUGGUGGUGGUAGCUGCAGUAGAGAAGCAGUAACAUGGUAGAGAAGCGGUGCCCACGGCUGCAGAGGGACAGUGUGUACCGCUGGUUCUCAGAACUGCCCUCCCCGCAGCGGGUGGAAUUUCUCUGUGGCCUCCUGGACUUGUGCAUCCCACUUGAACUGCGCUUUCUAGGUGCCUGCUUAGAGGACUUGGCCCGCAAGGACUAUCAUUCCCUACGUGACUCUGAAAUCAAGGCUAACAACCCUGCUGACUUGGGUAGCCUCACUAACUUGACAGACGAGGUGGUACGUAGCAAACUGCUGGUCUCCCUUGCCUUGUUGGGGUCUGCACACCGAGAGGCAGCUGGAGUCCUCUUCCGCACACUUACCCACAUUGAUUCUGUCAUCAACAACUAUGGGCUGCAGCUCAACGAGGGCCGCACUGGGGAUGAAUUUCUCUUGCUCUUCACUAUGGCGUCCAACCACCCAGCCUUUAGCUUCCACCAGAAGCAGGUACUGAGGCAAGAGCUUACCCAGAUCCAAAACAUCAUGGCCAGCACCAGCAAGAAUCCCAGUAUCCCCGCUCUUAGCACCAUGGCAACCUACCCUGGCUGCCAUAAGGUCACUCCGAGAUCUGAGACCCCCAUAAACAGUGUCAGUAACAGUUUGGAAAAUGCACUACAUACGUCAGCACAUUCCAUUGAGGAGUCGUUACCCAAGAGGUCUUCAGGAAAACACUCCAAAGUGAGUGUUGAAAAAGUGGAAGUAAAGGGAUUGGCACACAAGAAGAAUGAAAGAAAUGUUGAAUAUUCCUUUGAGGUCUUGUGGUCUGAUUCUUCAGUGACGUUGGUAACCAAAUCUUCUACUGAAGUGACUGAAUUUAUUUCAAAGCUAUCUCAGCUGUACCCAGAAGAAAACUUGGAGAAAUUCAUUCCUUGCCUAGCUGGUCCAGAUUCGUUUUACCUAGAAAGGAACCACAUGGACCUGGAAUCAGAUGUUAGGUAUUUGGCAUCCUUACCUUCCCAUGUGCUGAAAAAUGACCAUGUCAAGAAAUUCUUCAGCACUUCAUCUUCUUCCCAGCAACUUCAGAGUUCAAGUCCUGGCAACCCCUCUCUCUAUAAAGUAGUCACUACGCUGGGUGCAUCUGGAAGACCUAUAUGUGGAGUAGCUGGUAUUCAGUCUUCACAGAAUCAUGUACAGCACUCAGCUGUUUCUUCAGUUUCACUGCCCCAUUGCUCUCAUUCAGGGAGUACAGGCUCAUCUUUAGCCUACCGCUCCCAAAUGGACACCUCUUCACCCAUGUUGUCUUCCAGUUCACAGACGCCCCAGACCCAGGAGCAAAAUGGGAUUUUAGACUGGCUCAGGAAACUGCGGUUGCACAAGUAUUAUCCUGUCUUCAAACAACUCACAAUGGAGAAGUUUCUGAGCCUUACUGAAGAAGAUCUGAAUAAGUUUGAAUCCCUCACCAUGGGAGCAAAGAAAAAACUCAAGACCCAGCUGGAAUUGGAAAAAGAAAAAUCAGAGAAACGGUGCCUAAAUCCAGCAACACCUUCUUCAGUUACCAGCAGUGGAGUGGCAAGGGUCCCUCCUACCACUCAUGUAGGGCCUAUCCAGAGUAUUCGUGGCAACCAUGCUGCAGAGCUGCGUGUAGAUGUGGAUCAGCCAGCCCACCCGCUUCCCCGAGAAGGUAGUUCUUCUGAGUACUCAAGUUCCUCUUCCAGCCCCAUGGGGAUCCAGACCAGGGAAGAGAGCUCAGAUAGUGCUGAGGAGAAUGAGAGACGUUUAGAGAUUCACUUGGACAGUUCAGAAAAGGAGAAGCCAGUGAUGUUACUAAAUCAUUUCACUUCGAGCUCCGCCAGACCCACAGCCCAGGUUCUACCAGUGCAGAAUGAUGCAGGCUCCAAUCCUUCUGGGCACCAUAUCUUGCCAAUGCAAAUGAUGACAGCAGCCUCCACCCACAUCAGCCCUAUUCGAAUGCUAAAUGCGAUGCACAAGUCAGAGCGAAAUACAGACGUGAAGCUACUUUCCUCUUCUGUGCAUUCACUUUUGUCUCUAGAAGAAAGAAAUAAAGCUUCACCUGGACCUAGAAGCAGCAUUAAAAUGGACAAGAGCUUUGGAAAUACAGUGGUUGAUGUGAUGCCCACAUCGUCUCCCCAUCAGCCCCUGCAAGUACUUUCAGGAGUUCCUGAAAACAGUUCUUCGUCUUCUGUUAACUAUGGUCCUCGAACCAAAGUUGUACAUGCUUCAACUCUGGACAGAGUGAUAAAAACAACUCAACAGACAUCAUUAAUAGCGGAAGCAAGUACUGCUGCCACUGUAACGUCCAGCACAGUCUUCCAUAUGGCACGUCCACCCAUGAAGCUCCUGGUAUCUUCUUCUGUUCCUACGGAUUCUGCCACUGCUGGACAAACUUCCUGCUCCAGCAAUAUGCAAAUAAGUGUCUCUCCUGCAAUAAUCAAUCCCCGGACUGCUCUAUAUACAGCCAACACCAAAGUUGCCUUUUCUGCAAUGAGCAGUAUGCCAGUGGCUCCGAUGCCAGGCAGCUUCUGUGCAAACAGUAACACUGCCUCUUCCAGCAGCCACCCAUCCACAUCAUUUGCAAACAUGGCAAAUUUGCCCAGUUGUCCUGCCCCCAGUUCUAGCCCUACACUUGCGUCUGUUGCUGAGAACAAUUUUUAUAGCAGCAGCAGUAGUAGUGGAUCUGCAGGGAGUAUCCCAGUACCAAAUCAGAAUCAUCAUCACCACCACCACCAACAGCAGCAGCAGCAGCAGCAACCGCCUGGGUGUAUGGUGUGUAGUUCCUGUGGGUGUAGUGGGAACUGUGGUUCAGGCGGUAUGACUGUCAGUUAUGCUAACUAUUUCCAGCACCCAUUUUCAGGUUCCUCAAUGUUUACCUUUCCAUUUCUACCCUUCAAUCCUUUAUGUAGUAAUGGCUACAUCAACACGCAGCAGUACAACGGCAGCACGACUUUUCCAAUGGUUCAUUCUCCCUACAACAGUGGUUUAACACCAGACUCUGUAAUGAGUGGGCAGUCCACGUUUGCAGUGCCCCCAAUGCAGAACUUUAUGGCAGGAACAGCAGGGGUGUAUCAGGCACAAGGAAUGAUGGGAAACAGCAAUGGUUCAAGCCACAAAAAAAUUGGGAACCUUUCCUGUUACAACUGUGGGGCCAGUGGUCACCGAGCUCAGGAUUGCAAACAGCCACCAAUGGAUUUCAAUCGGCAAGGUACUUUUAGGCUGAAAUAUGCCCCUCCAGCUGAAAGUCUUGACUCCACAGACUGAUACUUUCUCUGCCAAGAGAACACUGUAAGCCAUGGAGAUAAGGAAUGUUAAAUACAAAACUGAGAAGUCCAUUGCUGUUAAGUUUUAAUGAGUUUUUUAAUCCAAAGGUGCUUUACUUUACUAGACUAGGUAGAAAAUCUAGCUUAGGGAUGCAUCAAACCCAUUUUUGAUCGCCAAAUUCAAGUUUAGAUCUUGGGAGAUGGAACUUGCCUAAUACGUAUCAUGCGAUUGAUGCGCAGUGGAUGGCAGGUGAAGCUGGCCAACUACAUUUUCUGUUGCAAAUGCAAAACAACCAACCACCCUACACACUUCUGCUGAAGAAUGUUGCCAUCUUUGGACCUUCUACAAUGAAAAGGAUAACUCCAGGGCAACUACUACAAUGUGAUCCGAAGUGAGAGGUGGAGGUUGAAGGUAUGAGCGGCUGUGUGCCAGCCAACCUCUGAAACCCUGGGCUAAGUAAAAUGGCUACUUUUUUUCAAAAGUAAUCAGGCACUAAUCUCUGGGAUUUUUAAGGAUUGCACUACAGAAGAAUGUAAAACUAUUCAGGCUUCUGCACUUUUAGCAGAUAGUGUCACUCCGAGACCAGUGCAAGAGGCAAAGAAGUUCCAACCUUUAAACUUUGGCACCAGCAGGCUAUGCGAUUUACUACACAAUAAAAAUCUUAAAUAAUUCUCUCCUUUCCCUUCCAAAAGAACACACAUGGCAGUUUCAAUUCCUUCUGGAAACAACCUUACUCUCACUGUCGCCAUUAUUACUAGAUAGAAGUGGGUUACUAGCAGUGAAAUGAACUUAUAGUUUUCCAAGGGUCCAAGUCCCAGAGACUCCAGGGCCAUAAAGGCUUCACAAAGAGGGUUUUUUUUAUGUAAUACAUGAAACACCUUUUAAGUCCUGUUACUGUAUAUAGGUAUCUUUCACAGAAACCUUACUACUCUGCUUUUGUAAAUGAAUUUUAAACCAUCCUAAAAAUAAA